UCGCUGCGCCCGAGGAGAGGAGAGGGAGACACGGACAGGCUUGCGUCCGGGGUGCUGCUGGAGACCCACCUCACCACUCACUGUCUCCACGGACAAUAUUCAGGCCCCUGGACAGAAAACGACUUUAAAAAAUACCGAACCCGACACGGAGACACGAUCCGGACACGAAGCUGAAAAGAGGGACGUCUCCUCUCCAUCGGCUUUGCGCACGACCACCCAUUAAAACCCUCUCUGGACCAGCGUCGCGACCAAGCGAUGCACAUUGAUGCCAAGACAACGAUCACUAUAAUCCACUACGACAUAUUGUUAUUUUUAUUUUUUUAUGAGCAUAGUUUUUAAUCUUUCAUUCCAGCAUCGAUAAUAACACUACGGACACUGUACUUGGUGUUGACGCUCAUUUAACGGGUUUCUGACUCACAAUAUUCUCAUGGUCUAAAACUGACAUAAACUAUCGAUCUGUCGAAUUCACUCUCAUUUUGAAUUUUGUUAGUUUUAAUUUUUUGUUUUUAGUUACACUGUCACAUGUAUACCGACAAUGGGUCUGCUUGCUUACAGACUGCAUUAGAUUAUUCAGCCACUGGUGACAGUGUCUUAUAGCUCUUUCUCCAUUAAUAUAACCUGAAGGGACUUCCAUAAAACUGACUCUACAUUUUGCAAUUAAAAGGAAUUGGAUCAAACAUUGUCGCUGGAAAGUUAAAGGUGGAGACCAGUGCCUGGGUCAUAACACAUCCACGAGGGUUUUCUGAAGAGCUCCUGCUCCACAUGUGGCUUUGAAGCCUUCAAGGUUGUUCGCAAGUGUCCAUCAACAUUCCACAAACCAGAAGCAGCAGAGAUAAUCCUGUGGAAAGCUCAGAAACUCUCUGAGGCACAGCUGCAAAGAGACACAUCUCCCAUCCAAUUACGGUUGAUUUGAGUUUAAAGGUUGACGGCUCUGGAUCGCAUGCCACCAUGCUGUCCUUAGAUGAGCCACUGGACCUGAAAGUGCCGAGGAGGCGGGUCAGUGGGCGGGACAGAGGCUCCAGGUCCCCAGCCACUCUCAACACCUCUCCCAUUCACGCCAAGGGGGCCGAGCAGCUGCGCAUGGCAGACCACGGUAACGCAGUCAUCGUUCCUGCGUCACCUGCCUCUCCACACACAGCAGGUGUCCUGCAGGACAAAUCCGAGACCCCCACACCCCCCGCUGUGGACCUCAGCAUGUCCCCAUCACCCUGCAACACCGCCUGCUCUCCAGAUUUCACCAAUGGGAACAGCUCGACUCCCAUUUUCCCUGGGGAUUCAACUCAUAUCCGUUACAUGGAGGGAGGGGCUACUUCUCAAGCCUUCCAGUUCUUCAUGCCCAUUGGAGGAGGAGGAGGGCUUCACCUGCCUUCAUCCAUGUUUAUUCGCCAGUCCAAGGACAUGCGAGCUUCUCCUGACCUAUCGGCAGAUGAACAGCUGGCCUGUCGAUGGAGGAAGUGCCACAUGCUUUUUGACUCUUUGCAAGAUUUGGUGGACCAUGUCAAUGUCUUCCAUGUGAAGCCAGAGAAGGACUCUGGGUACUGUUGCCACUGGGAGGGGUGUGCACGCAAAGGACGGGGCUUCAAUGCCAGGUACAAGAUGCUAAUCCACAUCCGCACUCACACCAACGAGAAACCUCACCGAUGUCCCACCUGCAACAAGAGCUUCUCCCGCCUUGAGAACCUCAAAAUUCACAACCGUUCACAUACAGGAGAGAAGCCCUAUAUUUGUCCGUACGAGGGCUGCAACAAGCGCUACUCCAACUCCAGCGAUCGGUUCAAGCACACACGCACGCACUAUGUGGACAAGCCCUACUACUGCAAGAUGGUGGGCUGCCUGAAACGCUACACAGAUCCCAGCUCCCUGAGGAAGCAUAUCAAGGCUCAUGGGCACUUUGUAGCCCAGGAACAGGGAGGUCCAGGUGGGGUGGGCUCCCUGUUGAAGCCAGGCCAGAUCACAGGAGCGGGAAAAGAAUCCGAGCUCACUUACGUCAGUGGGGCCCACAUCAUCAUCCCUAGUGCUGCAGCUGCUCUCUUGGGCAGUCAUGGUCUGCAGGGUUUGGGGGGCUCCCUCCCCUUGUCGCCCCUCAGUCCCCGCCCGUUGGACUUGAGCAUGCUGGGCUGCCCGAGCACCCCUUCAGCUGGGCUUGGAGGAAUGCCCAUCCUGUCCUUCAGUGGUUCCCCACUCAGCUUGGCCAAAUCGCCCCUGCUGUCACCUACCUUCUCAUCUUCCACAUUUGGGCUACCCAUGGUGCAAGUUUUGGGCUCAGAGCGCAGGGAUCAUAGCAAAGGCAAGGCCAGGGGAGAGGAUGGGGGCAAGGAUGAGAUCCAUGGGGGCGUCCUCAACCUCUCUACCGGAGCGUCCAAUGACCCCCUGUCUUGGGUGGUCAUCCCCUCUGGCCCAGUAGUGCUGAAGCCAGCUGUGGUCAACUGAGCCCCACAUUCCAGAGAAACGGCAGGGGUGGGUCAUGCUAAGGAGAGGGAAGGGUGGGGGUGGAACAGGGGUCAGAGGUCAGAGGCAAGCCUGUGGGGGGGUUUCACAAAGCUAAUGUAGUCUGCACUGCUUGGAGGUGACACCAUCUUCAACAUUAUGCUUUCAUUUCAUUUCACACUUAAUUUGAACUUUUCUGCUACUUAUUUCUUUGGUAAUAGCAACAUUAUGUUGAGAUGGACAACUAACAAAUCAAGCCUGAGAAUUAGCUUAAAAAUUCUGAAAAUCAUCAGUGGCCAACCAUUCAAUUCCAUUCUCUUUCUUUCUUGCUAUUUCAUGAAAGCACUGAUCUAUACGCUAGACUUAGCAGUUUGUGUCCUUGCUUCAAGAGACCAUUUCUAUGUAUUUAUAAGCAAGAUUAUUUUUUGGACGACAGUGUACGCACUACACUGAGGACACAAAUCUUGUGUUGUUAUUGUUUGGGAAAAAAUAUGGUGAAAUGGACCCUCAAGCCAUUCCAUUACGAAAAGACCUCUAAGACUGCAUAUAGCAAGCUAGAAACCUUUGAGGCAAAUUCACUAACACAUAGGGUUGCCAGCUGUCCCAUAUUCUGUCCGAAAUGACCUAUAUUUCCUCUAUUCUAGACAAAACUAUCCGGUAUUUAAGUGGGACACAAAAACGUCGCUAAAGCGGAACCCCUGCCCUUCACAAACUUUUCUUGUUUUAAGGAUGCCUGGAUAUUUUUACCGGAAAAUACGAACAAAAUGUCUUUUUUUAUUCUACUGUUUUUUUUAAUUUUUUUUAUUUUGCUGUUUGUGUCCUGUAUUGAUGCGGCACAAUGCUCAAAGGGGACUCCACCAGUCUGACAGUAAAGCAUCCCGUAUUGAAGCACUCAAAGUGCUCGAGCAUACCAUAUUCUCAUUGCGAAAAGUUGGUGACCCUACUUGUAGAAGCUUGUUCAGUUUUGCUAAGGGGUGCUAAUAUGCAAGACUAAGGUAUACCAGAGCUUGAUUUUUAGCCUUUUUUCUUUCCAAUGACAAUCAGCGUCUGUCAUCAGACAAUAAAACAGUGCUAGCACUCCUGAGUACCCUUACACGUGAACUUCCCUUGUGCUAUUGCAAGCUAUAUAAACUUUGCAUUUGCUGCUAGCUAUGUCACUGCAAUGUAAACAUAUUUCUUUGAAUAAAGAAUAGAUAAAGUGUAUGAAUGACAAUCUGCACCGUAACUGGGAAGAAAUAGAAACACUGACUAGCUCUAUUUUGAUGAAUAAGAGAUUUACAGACACUAAGCUCAGAGUAACUGAGUUUCAAGUACAAGGGCACAAACUCAGCUAGCAGUUAUGCUAAAAGCCCAUAGUAAAAUAACACGCCACUGCUGCAAAUAGUUCCAUCUUCUGGUCAUCAGAUGUACUGCACACUGCUGGUUGAACAAAGGCCCAGAUUUAACAUUAUUGUCCCGCUUUGUGAUAUACUAGCAGAGCUGGGUAAAACAGUGGACCUUUGGUUGGAGCAGAAUGGUGGAAUGUUUGACACAUGCAUAUACCAGUUUGGGUGUAUCACAACGAUUAAGGGCCUUGUUAAUCCUGGUUAAUGCAACUUUGCUCUCAGAGUUUCCCAGCCCCAUAUUAAAAGUAAGAAACACUGUGCCAAAAUCGAAGAUGUAUACCCAAAUACUGAAGCGAGGACUUAAUAUGGAAUUUAGGCAGCUAACGGAUAGCCAAGCAGAAAAUUGGAACCAAGACACAUCUUUUAAAUGAAAAUACAAUAAUUAAUGCCCUUUCACAUGACUUGCGUCAGUGAGUGUGGUUACAUGCACAACAAUGCGCUUAUAACUUACAAAAGUCAGCUUUGUAAAAAAAAAUCAGAUAACGUAAGAUAACCACAUUUACAUGAGAUUUGAAGUUAUUCUCUGCUUUUGACAUCAGCAUGUACGUGCGCACAUCACUUGCACACAUUGGAUAAGCCGGUAAGAAUGCUGAUAAUGGUGUUUACGUGCAACGCGGAAUCGGGGGAUCGGUUUUUGCUUAAACCGUUUAUUAACUUACCGCGAUAAAGGAAAGCCGUUUAAGGCUUUAUAUGACCUUGCACUUUGUUGGCUUAUUAAGCAUAAUUGGUUUAAAAUACCCGUGACCCUACAUAAAACAAACGGCUAUAGAAAAUGGAUAGGUUUAAGAUUGUGCAUUUAAACGUGCUCAAGGUUCCCCAAUGCAUCAAACACUACGGAGCAAAGCAUCAAGCUACGACAUCUUUGAUCCUGUUUACCGCUGACUGUUCGGAGCAUGGUCAACGUGUAAAGGCCUAAGUAUACUUUGGUUGUCCGUGUUGCUGAUCGCUUCUCGCACAGUAUGCGUGAUGCAAAUUUCAUCAUCAGCACAGUCCAUGCGGUCCCACGGAUGUGGUCUUCAUCUGUGCACAUCGUCGGUGCAUGCACUGGCCAUUGACUGUAAUAAAAGAGUAUCACAAAGCAGCUGUAGUGGGCAUGCGUCAAAUGCAUUCAUAUUCGCUCUCGGUCAGAAUAGUAUACCCAGAAAGGCAACGUGGUCGGCCGGGCACGAUCCAAAUCCAGACCGCAGAAAAACUAAGUAUACCCGGGCCUUAACGUACAAUCCACAUGACGUAUUACGUAUUGUAAAUCUAAAGAUGGGAGAGUGAUUCUGUGUGCAUUUAGAUACAUGUGUAAUCUGACACAAAGCAAAUUUUCGAGAAAUCGGACCAACUAUUAUUAUCAUUAACAAGUUGUACAACAUAACGUCAUAGGUGAUUCAUGACAUUCAGAGAAUUAUAUUGUUUACAUAUUCUAUUGGAAUUAAUAAAUCAUAGUCUUGGUAGUAAAAAUGUCCUUCCAUGCAAUGCUCUUAAUAUGGCGGUCAAAGCAGCAUACAACACUUGUGUUUAGAGGUGCAUUUAAGCAUUAACGCGAGUCAUGUGUAAGGGACUUUAGUGAGUUGUGUCACUUUAUAUUGCAGUCACUGAGUUGCGACCAAACUUUCAAGAUCGUUUUUCCACGAGAUAUCAUUUACAUUUAAUUCACGCUUAUGAUAAAGAACUCAGGCGUGUUUUAGGGACAAGUUUUGUUCUGUAUAAUUGUCCAUUGUCCCGCCUAUAAUUUAGCAGAAAUUAUAUCAAUUUAAGUGACGAACAAACUAAUGUUAUGUAAAAGAACAUUCCGACUGAAUUAAUUACAUUUCCUUAAGCAUGUACCCGACCCUCCCUUCAAAACCUUUUGUCCACUCAGAGUCUUACUCCAUAAUGUUUGUAUUGUUGUUUGUGGAAACUAUACCAUUAAUGCAUUUUUGUUUUGUCUUAUUUUGGACGUGACAUUUCCUGAUGUUGAAGUUGCUUUAUUUCUUGUUUCUGCAAUUGCUGCUCUAUGGUCAGCUUUCUCCAGCCGAUGAGUCCAAAGGAGAGAGGGAGAUGCAACUAGACAAUGCGACAUCCUUCCAGCGAAAAGUGAUUUGUCUGACCACAUUAAAUGCGAAAAUGUUGCAUGAUGUUGCACAAUCAGCUCAGAAAUAUUCUAUAUUUAAUAUACAGUUAUGGCUCGGUCACAUUUACCUUUGCACGGUGAAAUUCCAAAGGCAAAAUUUGCACAAUCAGGAAUUUAACCUGAUGGAUUUUCAGUGGAGAAAAUAUUUGCAACACAAAUACCGUGUGGGAAUUCAAAGCAUUGACCAUUAUGAGGUUGCUUGGUUUGGUAGUGAGUUUCUACUUCACUCUCGUAGUUUUUGCAGCUUUUACACUCGUUUAACAUCUGGCCAUGCUUUCGUAGCCUGUGGAAUUUUGCUGUGCAAAUGUAAAUUUUUUGAGGCUUUAUGGGGAACAGGAUUUUGGACCAAUAAGAUUGAACAGGGGGGCCCAAUCAAGUUCUCAAUCGGGGUGUAUCUCAGAACCUUACCUUAAAAGAGAAGUCUUUUUUCACAUGAGAGUUCAAAGCUGAGCUUACUGGGUAAAACAGAAGAGAAAUGUCUACUGACUGCAGUUUAGACAGCAGAGAGAUGGUGCUAACUUGAUUCGCUCUAGUGUCGAACUGCUGCAGUUUUUUUUUUUUUUUUUUUUUCAGUUAAAGCAAAGAAAGAUUAACCCACUGUGCUCUAUAAAGCCUUUCACAAGGGACAGGGAAAAAACACUCAAACAUGUGCAGUGAACAAACACAAUCCUUUCAGAUUCUGUGUUUUUGGGACCGAACAUGCUCACCCACAAGAUACAAUUCUUACAUUAUUUACUCACCCUGAUGUCAUUCCAAACAUGGAUGAGUUUCUUUUUAUACAAGUGGUUCGUGAAAUCAAAGAAAUGUCUUUGUCCAUCUUCCUGUUCCCUCUCUCUCUCUUUCUCUGUACUGUUGGUUGGAUAAAGCUGACAUUGACACAGGCCCAAUAAGGUCUACAUCAAUCUUUAAUAUCAAAUAAGCUGUUUGAACCUUUAACCCUUUGAGCACUCUGGAGUCAUCUGCACUUUUCCAACUUGGUCGACAGUAGAUCCAAAAGCCUUAACGAAGCGACGGUGCAAUCGAACGAUUCUGAAUUUAGCGAGGCUUAAGCAAUAAAUUUAAUGGCAGGGAUGAUGUCAUAGCUAGAUAUUCAAAUUUAAAUAUUUAAUGCAGUAAAUCCAUUUAAUGUCAACUGUGUUGCCUGAGUCAGCAAAUAUACGGUACAGAAAUCAAGCACCACAUUUGAAUAAAAAUGUAUAUAAAUGUAUGUAAAAUGAUUUCAUUUGAGCUUCAACAAACAAAAUAAACAAACACAGACGGUUCUUAAAGUGUCACAGAAAUGCACAAAGGGUUAACAAAAAGACUAUGGCCUGGAAAGGCCAGUAUCCUUUUUAUUCUUUACUUUUUUUUUUUUUGUUCUUUUUUUUUUUUUUUGCACAUUUUGAGAUAUUUUAAUAUCAGUAUUUUAAUUUUUUCCAAGUGCCUUUUAUUAUAGUUGAAAUGUAGAUGUAUUACAGUAUAUAUAAAAAAAAAUAUAUAUAUAUAUAUAUAUAUAUAUAUAUAUAUAUUUUCCCAGCAUCAUGUUCUGAAGCUGGACAUGCAGAAUUUUAGAGCUGUUAAAAGUCUCCAGUUGGUACAACAUAGGUGUGUUCUCCUGUUUUAGAGGAAUUUUAUUACGAUGUUGAUAAGGAUGUCAAUGAAAAUAAAAGAAACAAAUGUUUAAUAAAUUUGCAUUUGAUAUAUCAUGAUUUGUAGCAUCUUUUUCUGUUGCAAGUUUUGAAUUUUCAUGCACAGAGGGUUAAAUUUGUAACAAGGUCCCGUUUAAACCGUUCAGUUUAGGGUCUUAUCACAGGACCUUGAACAAGAUUUUUGUUGGCUAUUCUGUCUGUUUGGUUACACUUGAUGCAUCCCACCGAUCCUUGCUCGAGUAAUAAAAGAAUUAUUAAAAAAAGUGA